AUGUCCGAGCAUCCUUCCAAGAGCACUGGUCGACGACCAUCUCUGACCAAGCCUCCGCCACCGGCAGCACCGAGAAAGGCGCAAGCCACGGCCAAGAAGUCGCAAGCAGCGGCGCAUAAACUGCACGUCGUGGUGAACAAGUCGCAAACUGCGAUCCAGAAGCCUCAGGCGCUGGCACAGAACCCCCAGUCGCUAGAAGAAGAUCUUCAAGCUUCGGAGCAAGAGAUGCAAGCGCCCGCUCCUGCUGCCAGCAGCAUCGAUGAUGACAUCAACAAUAUACCAAUUGCUUCUCUUACUCUCGACACCCCAUUGAUCCCGCUCCGAAAGAAGCCGCCGCGUGUUCCCGCGACGCCGUUCCACUUCCUCUCCUUGCCCUCGGAGCUGCGCGUCAAGAUAUACGAAUACUACUUUGAAGACGACGGCGAGGUCCUCGACCUGUCGCCUAACAACUACAAGAGCAUUCACAAGAAACUCGGCCUCAUGCGCGUCUGCAGGCUGCUGCACGAGGAAGCAACAUACUACUACUACGGCACCCGGACGUUUCGCCUCUUCCCCACGUACCCGGGCAAGUACUUUAAGAGCAAGCGACCAUUGCUCGCCCGCCUCAAGCCCCGCCAGCGCGAAUGCCUCACGACCCUGGAAUUGCGCCUCGGGCCGGGGUGGAAUGCGCCACCUAAAGGGUGGGCUGUCAACGAUGCGCUCGGGCUAAAGGACUGCAUCAACGUGCACAAGCUCAAGGUCCUUGUGGAAUGCGACCCCAGCGACGGCAUCUUCAAGGGCUUCCGUCGCUCCGAGGGCUUCUACGAGUCCUUUAGUCGCGCUCUUCUUACCAACGUCCUCGAGGUGUUGCCGGCCGUGAGCACGGUCGAGUUCGACGCCUGGUCCAGCGUCAAGAAGACGGGCAACAUGAUGUCCGGCCUCAUCAAGGUCGCUGCCGAAACCAACGGUGUGGCUAUCCGAUGGGGGCCAGAGCGCGGCUGGACGGACGCGGAUGAGGACGAAGACACCGCGGCGACUGUUGCUGGGCCUGAUCCGAAUAGACCACUUGAGAGCGUUCCGAUCCAGGGGUUCGGAAAUUCACACAACAUCAUGGUUGUGGCGUAA